AUUCAGUCGUUUCUUUAUUCAUAUCAACUAUUCUUAUUUUCGUGUGCAGCGCCACCAUUGGAAAGGAGCCGGCACACAGCAACACGAAAUUAGUGUCCAUCGGUGCUGCCAAGUCAACGACACAGACAAACCAAACUAUUGGGAUUUUGUAGACGUCAUUCAAAAAAAGCAGGCUUUGUGCUAUAGACUCCUAAAGGAACGCAAGAUCUAACUAAGACGCUCAAAAAAAAAAGAGGACAAGGGCGAAAGGCUGCAAACGCACUGUUUUGAAAGUUAUUUACAAAAUAUUGCUUGGACAAGAUAAAAUUUGCGGCUGCAUAAGAUAAUCGCCCUGAUCGAAAAAAGACGUAUCACCGUUAACUGGAGCCCUGACUGCCCGCAGUAUCUCGCAUACCCGCUAGAGAUACCAGUGUCUCCCAGGAAGGAAAAUAGCUGAGGAGUGCCGCGGACCGAAGCCGGGAUCCUCGAAGAGCUAGUGGAAACAACUUAAUUGUCACUGCAACCGCGGCCACACCACCCGUAUCUUUUUGUGCAAUCCACGACACGCCAUAAUGAUAGCGACGGCCACUAUAAACGGGUCGUUCGGACCCCGGCGUCCGCACAGCCAGUCGCCUUUGAGGUAUUCGAGACCCAUCAGACGACGACGUGCAACCGUCUGCGCGCAGCGCAUUCAGCAGGGCGAGACCGGGUACAUCGUCCACGGCAGGAAGCCACACCGAAAGCGCAGGUCAUCCGUCGACACAACCGCCAUGGGGGCCGUCAAGUACAACUUGAACCAGUGGGUUGAGGACAACAAGGCCUACUUCCUGCCGCCAAUUUGCAACAAGAUGAUGCACUGCGACGGUCAGCUCAAGGUGUUCUGCGUGGGUGGACCCAACAUGAGGCCCGACUACCACCUGGAAGAAGGCGAGGAGUUUAUGUACAUGCUCCGUGGAGACAUGCUCCUCAAGGUGGUUGAACACGGCAAGGAGAAGGACGUGCUGAUACGUGAGGGCGAGGUGUUCCUGCUGCCCGCUAGGAUCCCGCACUCGCCGCAGCGCAGAGCCAACACAGUUGGGCUGGUCAUCGAGCGGGAACGAACACAACAAGAAAAGGAUUGCAUGAGGUUUUAUAUUGACGACACCUGCCAAGAAAUUUUGUACGAACGCUGGCUACAGUGUGACGAUCUGACACAAAAGCUGGCCAACCUGCUCAACGAGUUCAUGGCCUCGGAAGAGAACCGCACCAGAAAGCCUGGGCCAAAGUCGUUUUUGGUGAAGCCAGCCUACGAGCCAGACAGCAGCCUGAAGCUGGAGGCACCUUUCAGCCUCGAAAAGUGGCUUGACAAACACAGGGUCGAGCUGGACCAAGAGGGCGGCAAGCGAGAUCUGUUCGGCAAGGGCCACCAGACGACCAUGGUGGUGCUCGGCAAUGGCACCCACAAAACGCAGUGCCCAGGCACUGAGACCUUUCUCUGGCAAGUCAAGGGAUCGGCCAGUGUCAGCGUUGCUGGCAGAGCAUUCACCCUGGCCGAGAAUGACACUCUGCUUGUGCCCACGCCCGGCAACUAUACACUUGUGAACCAGCCUGGCGGACGCACAAUUGCUACCAGCAUGCCACCAAAGAGCACCUUAUAACACGCAACGAUCAUUCCAUAACUGUCAUUACCCUGCAACGGUCACUAGCCAUGCCAUCUACCCAGCGUGCUGAAGUUGUGUGGCUGCAGUCAUUCCACAAAUUGACGAUGCGAAUGAGGUGAAUGACACUGCGUCAUGCCUAUACUGCAUUUCAGAUGCUGCUAUACUAGGACAUCCAAUCUUGUUAGCAAACCCCUCAUCAAUAUUCAAUGACUGAUUCACAUCCAUAUCUCUUAUCAUCUUUGCAUCUUAGUUUUAUAACAUGACGACUACAAAGCUUUAGGCAGAUGUAUUACUUUAACCUGCAGGCAUUGUCACGAAAUUGCGUUAUGUGAAUAUAAUGUACCGUGGAAAUGUACGUUAUGUGAAGCAUGUCAAAUCGGAAUGGCUAUCACAUAGUAUUCAGAGUUCUGCAUGCAAAGCUUUAUAUCAUGGGUGAACAUGCUUCACAGGAAACUAAGUGUCCCUGUAAAAAUGUAAUCUAGAGUAGCACCAGAGUAGACAGUACAAACUACUUUUUGUGAAACCAUGCUAGGCUUUCUUUUUAUGUAGAAAUCUCUCUUUUUCAAUGACUUUGACAAAGCAAAUACAGAAGAUCUAAAGGCUGUGAAAGAAAGUAUAUCAGCCCAUUGAUGAUUAACCAUGGCAACAAUAUAUUUCCUUUUCUAAAGUUAGUUUAGAACGAAUUUCCAAGCACCACAUCUUUUCAACAGCAUUUUUUUCAUCAGGUACAUUAUUUGUAUGUGAUGGUCUGAUUUAUUAGAGAAAAGACAUCAAUGUUUUUGAAGUGCACUUAAGAGGCAUUUCGAAAGUAGAUGGCACGCUUUCAAUCUUAGCCUAUUUACAGGUUCUUCAUAUCAAAGUAACACAUUUUAACUACUACUGCUUGUAGGAUGCUGUAGGAACGUUUUUAAAUGCAGUUACCAGCUGUACACAAGUUUUAUCCAUACAUGAUAUUGCAUACUUGUUGCAAUAACGAUUGUAUAGGACUAUUUCUGUUCAAAUAUGUGUUUUGCAUAGUGAUGUUUCAACGUAACGAUGUGUCCGAGGUAUCUUAGUUGACAAAUAAAUGUUUUGCAUACCUGAAAA